UCGAAUAAAUGAACACCUUAAAAAUCAGUCUCCGGGGACUGAUGGUAUAUCUGCUGAGUUUUACAAACGUUUUAUCAACAGUUAGCCCCAUUUCUGUUGGAGGUCUUUUCUAAAAGCAUUGCAUAUAAUGCUCUCCCAGUUUGACUCGGAGGUCUGAUUACAUUAAUACCUAAGCCCAAGAAAUAUUUGCUUCUCGAUAAUUGGCGUCCAAUCUGUCUGCUCAAUAACGACUACAAAAUAUGAGCCUCCAUAUUUGCAAAAAGAAGGAAGGCAAUGUUGGGCUCAAUUAAAGAAGAUACCCAAUCUGGCUUCAUGAGGAAUAGACAUAUAUAUAAUAAUAUCCUAUCCGACUGGUGUUAGACCUUAUUCACUAUUCUGAUCUAAACUUCCAUGAUAGCUUCAUUGUAUUCUUAAACUUUUAUAAAGCCUUCAUACGGUGGAACUUGAGUUUCUAUUUCUCUCCUUUGAGAAAUUUGGUUUUGGGGAAUUAUUUUGUAGCACUAUUAAAAUUAUUCAUAUGAAUGGGACCAGUUCCAUUAAAUGAAAGCAUGGCACUUCUAGAUUUGAAAAGAGGAAUUAGGCAAGGAUGCCCAAUUUUGAUUGACCUCUUACUGCUUGCAACCCAACUUCUUACCUGUUUUUUUUUUUUUUUUAAUCCAGCGAUAUAAAAUGGAUAUCUAUUGUUGACAGAUAUUAUCAUGUGAGUUUGCAGAUGACACCACUCUAUUUUUGAAAGAUACCAGGGCUCGAGAGUCCCAUAGGGUGGCUCACAAUUGUCCCAGCGUCGCCCGGGUUAAGGGACAGUUUGCCCGGUGUAGGCCGUCAUUGUAAAUAUGAAUUUGUUCUUAGAGAUUUUCAAUAUAGCGUCUUUCAUGUCACAGUCCACAAGAUGGCAGACCUGAGCUACUGUUUCAUCGCUCAGCCAUUUCAUCCGAGAGAAGUAUUGUUGGUGAGAUCAAACAGGCUGAGGGAUACAAUUGUAAGAAUUGUGCCCAAUUUAUGUAACAAUUUAACCAUCAAUAGUAGAGCAUUGGAAACAAUUGAACAGACGAAGCCUUAUAAAUUAGUUCAUAAAAAAAAACAUUUUUGCACAAAAAUAAUCUAAUUCUACCACCGGAGUAGGAUAUUUGUGCAAUCUACGAGGGGCUUGCUUGUUGCUAUUGGUCAAUGGUGCAAUGUUUUUUCUGACUCAGUGGUUUGAUGAUGUCAUGUUGCUCACGAGUAGAAGGCUGAUUUUUUUUUUUUAGAGUCAUAGGGCUGAGUAGGUGAGUGGAGUGCAAACUACAACUUUCGAAAAUAUUCAGGAAAUACAUUUCUAAUCCUACGGGGUGGAAACAUUUUCACCUAUUGGAUUUAUUGCUUGAGGAAUUUAUUUCUGUACAAUGGGGGAUUGACAUCAAGGUGUCUACAUCGUCUUUGUAGAAAGGCAAAACUUUUUCCAGCCAUGGAACACUACAGAAUAUAAGGGACAGUUCUUGUGAAAGUCCCGUUGAUGUCAAAUCUAGGAAACUAAUGGUAUGGCGUAACUAGGAUUAACUGGUUGCUGGACAGUUCCACAAGGCGAUGCCACCCCAGGGCGACGGAGAUUAUAAACCUGUAGCGGUGUCGGCGGCGGUCCCACCGGUUCCUCCUCGGAGGGUUCGGAGCAGAGAGUCGUUUUCGGGCUCCAAGUGUCGGCCCGGUGGCGGAGAGCGCAAAGUGAAGUGUGUGCUUGUCGGUGACGGCGCAGUUGGGAAGACGAGCUUGAUUGUCAGCUACACCACAAAUGGAUAUCCAACUAAAUAUGUCCCAACUGCCUUUGAUAAUUUUUCAGCGGUUGUGGCAGUUGAUGGCAAGCCAGUGAAACUGCAGCUUUGUGACACAGCUGGGCAGGUGGCGAAUCGCAUCUCUGCAUGUCUGGCAGACAUAUCAGUGUGGAUGACGGAUCACCACCUCAAGCUGAACCUCGGCAAGACGGAGCUGCUCUUCCUCCCGGGGAAGGACUGCCCGUUCCAUGAUCUCGCCAUCACGGUUGACAACUCCAUUGUGUCCUCCUCCCAGAGCGCUAAGAACCUUGGCGUGAUCCUGGACAGCACCCUGUCGUUCUCAACUAACAUCAAGGCGGUGGCCCGUUCCUGUAGGUUCAUGCUCUACAACAUCCGCAGAGUACGACCCUGCCUCACACAGGAAGCGGCGCAGGUCCUAAUCCAGGCACUUGUCAUCUCCCGUCUGGAUUACUGCAACUCGCUGUUGGCUGGGCUCCCUGCCUGUGCCAUUAAACCCCUACAAGUCAUCCAGAACGCCGCAGCCCGUCUGGUGUUCAACCUUCCCAAGUUCUCUCACCUCACCCCGCUCCUCCGCUCUCUCCACUGGCUUCCAGUUGAAGCUCGCAUCCGCUACAAGACCAUGGUGCUUGCCUACGGAGCUGUGAGGGGAACGGCACCUCAGUACCUCCAGGCUCUGAUCAGGCCCUACACCCAAACAAGGGCACUGCGUUCAUCCACCUCUGGCCUGCUCGCCUCCCUACCACUGAGGAAGUACAGUUCCCGCUCAGCCCAGUCAAAACUGUUUGCUGCUCUGGCUCCCCAAUGGUGGAACACACUCCCUCACGACGCUAGGACAGCGGAGUCAAUCACCACCUUCCGGAGACACCUGAAACCCCACCUCUUUAAGGAAUACCUAGGAUAGGAUAAAGUAAU